AUGCCUAUAAAUUAUAAUAUGACGGAUAGCGACAUUGAAGACCAGCUCUUCAGAGAUGAUAGCAGUGAUGAGGAGUACAAUUUUGAGGAUCUUGAUUUUUCAUCAGAUGACGAAGAAGAGGCCGCUGACCAGCGGCUUAUUCAGCAAAAUGCGGCUAUGGAUUUGGUGCCACUGUCGCAACUUCCGAGCCCAUCAGAAGCGUUACAACCGCCAGAAAGCGCAGCUGCAUGUACAGUAGGAUGGACCUCAACAUGCGAGUUGCGAAAUAUAGAUUUCACGAAACAGAAUGCGUUUUUCGGCAACCCUGGUACAACUCCUAUUUCAUUUUUCAACUUCUUCUUUGAAAAUGAUUUUCUCUCCAUGAUUUGCGAAAGAACUAAUGCUCAAGCUGCUAAAUUAUUAGAAAAUAAUACAACAUUAAAAAAUUCAAGAAUAAAUUAUUGGAAGGAAUUGAAUAUUCCUGAGCUAAGAAUAUUCUUGGGCUUAUUAUUUCACAUGGGAUUUAUUCAACUGUCCCGAUUACAAGACUACUGGAAAACUAACCGUUUAUUUUCAAUACCUGUCUUUGGGCAAUAUAUGAGUAGAAACAGAUAUCUGCUCAUAAUGAGAUGUCUCCACUUCAGCUCAGAGACAGGGAAUGAAACAGACCCACUAUUCAAAAUACGCUCCAUGAUUGACUAUUUCAAUAAUAAAAUGGAUAGUUGUUAUUAUCCUGCCAAAGAAUUGUCUUUAGACGAAAGUAUGGUGCUAUGGAGAGGGCGUCUUAAAUUUAGACAAUAUAUCAAAAAUAAAAGACAUAAGUAUGGAAUAAAACUGUAUAUGCUGACUGAACCAGAUGGUCUCAUUCUCAAGUUUCGUGUUUAUGCAGGAAAUCAAGACAUUGAAGUGGCAGGAAAAGGACACGCGCAAAAAGUAGUGAUGCAAUUGAUGGAAAAGUAUCUUGAAAACGGACACUCAUUGUAUAUGGAUAAUUAUUACAAUAGCUUCCGCUUAGCAAAGUGUCUUUUAGAACAUAAAACAUACUGUACUGGAACCUUACGUAAAGAUUUGAAGGAAAAUCCACGGGAAGUGUAUCAAGAAAAACUGAAAAAAGGUUUCAAUAUAUCGCGAUUUCAAGAAAAUGUACACAUCGGAAAAUGGAAAGACAAACGCCCACUGAUGUACAUCACCACAGAAUAUACAGACAGAAUGGUGCCAGUUGCCAAUAAACGUGGCCAGAUCAGUGAAAAGCCAGAAGCCAUUGCAAAAUAUAAUGAGUUUAUGUCUGGAGUUGAUAGACAAGACCAGUUGCUCGCAUUUUAUCCAUGUGAAAGAAAAACACUUCGUUGGUAUCUCAAGUUAGCAAUCCAUACCUUUCAACUUCUCUUUUUAAACUCAUACAAAAUGUACAAUAAAUAUUCUGGUAAACCGAAAAUGACACUCUAUGAUUACCGUUUAUCUGUGAUAAAUGAGCUGUUACCCGAAAAAAAUACUACAGUCGUUGCUGGUUCAAGCAGAGCAAGAAAUAGUCGAGAAGUGCUGCACAAAAUAAGUAAAAUUACUGAAAGAAAUUCCAAAGGAUUUGUCAAGCGUAAAAUGUGCCGAAUGUGCUCGAAAGCGCAAAAAAAACGCAAAGACUCUAUGUGGCAUUGCGAAAUGUGUCAUGACAAACCUGGUCUUUGCUUUGAAUGUUUCGAUGAAUACCAUUUAUCAAUUUAA